UCGGGCAGAUAGUUUUAUAGGUUCGUAGAUUGUCGCAAUCGUUGACAUUUCUAAUGUUGUGAAAUAGUUGUAAUGCCUUGAACAAGCGCUUGCAAGUUCUCCGUCUAUAUAUAUUAUAUAUACGCGUUUGAUGGUAAUGCUGGAUCCCCUCUGGAGAAUAAUUAAAUCGUUUAGUAAUAUAGUCAUUAAUGUGUAUAAAAUGAUAUUGAAGUUACACAUCUAUAGACUUUACAUGUCCAUUCUAGUUUCUUAAUGUACAAACGUACCAAUUAUUACAGCGUGUUUGGCUGUACCAAAGCCUUUCGGAUGAUCUUCAACUUUAUUUGCCUUGUGUAAUAGCUUAAAGCCAAGUGAACAGAGGCCUACAUUCAGUAGAAUUAAGAUCCCAAGUACACGCAUUUUGCCGCGUUAAAAAAGAAGCAAUUUCUUAACCGUAUAUAUGCACCACGAAUGAUCUUCUCUUUAGAAAACGCUGUAAAUAUUUUUCAGGUCAGAGUUAUGUAACCAUCUACAAUAUCACGAGACAGCAAUGACGAAACAGGAACUAAUAUUAAAUUUCACAAUAAAAUAAACUUUCAACUACAUGUAAGCUGAGUGUCUUCUCAGGAGAGAAAAACUUUGAGGUAAAUCGACAUUCAUAGUAUUGUUUUUACACGGCAUUUUCUUUACCAUAAUCGUUCUAUAUUUUGUUACAUUCAUGCCAUAGAAUAUGUAAUACUGGAAUACUGGUUCGAUUCAUGACAUUCAUGUGUAAAUCUUGUGGUUCUAUUAAUUGUCAAUAAUUGACCUUCGAUUGACUUGUUUUCUGUUUAUGUUGAUCACGUAUUAUAUACUUUUGUUAUUAAUCUUUUACAAAACACUUGAAUACAUUGAAUUAUUAUCUAUUAUGAAUGUGAUUUUUAAUCGUUCAACAGAAUACCAGAGCGUCUAGUUUAUUUAGUUCAGUUUCCACAUGUUGCAUUUAUUAAUGCUGUAAGCCUGUAAUGCAUAUUUGUAGCCGUAUAUAGGCUAUUCCAUCAUUUUAUCAUCAUAAGUCCGGUUUGUUUGAUGUACCGCGGGCUGCAAUAGUGUAUACUGUCCGAUAACAGCGAUUCAAUUAAUCCCUGGUCGGACCUCUACUCAAAGUCUUAAAAUAAUUGAGGAUCGAAACUGCUAGCAACCUUUACAUUGACAUGAGUCAGUAAACGGUUAGACUUUCGCGUCUUCUCGGAUAGGGACGUUAAAAUCGUAGGUACCUCGGAUGGGAUUUGAACUUUCAUGCAUAUUGGCAACAUACCCAGAGCUCAUAGGGUCAAGCACAAAGUUUGCCAGUCCUAAAGAGUAAAGGGGAGUAAAGCCCAGCGCACACUAGAGUUAUAUGCUUAGCAUGCCCAGCGCACACUAGAGCUAUGUGCUAAUGUGCUUAGCAAAAUGUCAUUCGUGACUGUUGGCGUAUAAAGAAGAAAGCUCUCGUGUGCGGUGCACUUUUGUAAGUUUUUCAUCACUCGUGACGCGUAAGACAAAUAUCCAACGUUUGAAUAUUUUUUGUCACGAAUGAACAUUUCUUCCACAUGCGCGCGCUCAAAAAGCUAUCACCUUAAUUUCAUUGCAGAUCGAAUAGGCAUGCGUAAUAAAACAAAAGACAAAAGGAAAAUAAUUACGAGGAAUAUUCAUAUGUCGCUACUCGAGUAUCACAUUCCUUAUUAAUUAUUUUCCUUUUGUCUUAUGUAAGUUAUGUUUAUUACGCAUGCCUGUUCGAUCUACAAUGAAAGGUGAUAGCUUUUCGAGAGCGCGCACGUGGAGGAAAUGUUCAUUCGUGACAAAAAAUAUUCAACACGUUAGAUAUUUGUCUUACGCGUCACGAGUGACGAAAAACUUACAAAAGUGCACCGCACACGAGUGCUUUCUCCUUACGCCAACAGUCACGAAUGACAUUUUGCUAAGCACAUAGCUCUAGUGUUACGUCGGGCUUGGGUCAAUCUCGUUUUGAAAGCGCUUGUGUUUUUUUGUUCUAGAAUUCGGUGUAUACAGUACAUUUAGUAGAAGCCAUGGCCAUGGGUUAUGUCAGAGCUUACGUCUUUAUACUCGUUCCUGCUUUUUUCUGUGAAACUGCGGUGUACUGCGCAAGUAUCCCUACCAGUAGCCAGAGCGCGCAGUCAAAACCUAAAGGAUUCGGGACUGCCAAACGCGCGGUUAUCAUUGGUAAGUCACUUAUUGGUGUUAUACUGUAAUCAGAGUUUCGUUCCUGCAAUAGUAUACAGUUGUCUGAUUGUAUUUUACUGAUCUAUUGAUGUGAAAAGUUUUGAAUGGAUUGAUAGAGAUUAUACGGACAUUGUCGUUUAAGAUGUCUUUUUCAAACGGUAGUUCAGACAAAAAACACGGCAGCUCAUUGCAGAAUUAGUCUAAGAAUACUACUAUGGCCUACACUGGACCACCAUGUUGUCCAUGUUCGAGAUAUCUUUAUCACCUCCACGUUUGAGAUAUCUUUUUCAGGUACGUAGUAUAGACACAAACCACGACAGCUUAUUGUAGAAUACCUGCGCUCCUUCCCCCAGCGGCUACGCUCGUGUUCCAAGAUCCGCCAUGUAAAGUGUAGUGAAAUGUAUCUCAUUGUAAUAUUAAAUCCUAGGAAAACUACUAGCCUCUGCGGAGGAGAGAGGUAGAAUACUAUCUACACUAUAGACCACCACGUUUGAGAUAUUUCUCAGGUAUUUCAGACACAAACCACGACAGCUUAUUGUAGAAUACUACCUGCACUGGACCACCACGUUUGAGAUAUCUAUUUCAGGUAGUUCAAACACAAACCAUGACAGCUUAUUGUAGAAUACUACCUACACUGGACCACCACGUUUGAGCAGGGCCGUAGCGAAGGGGGGUAUUGGGGGGUGGUUAACCCCCCCCCCCAACUUUUUUAGAAUUAACAUAUUCGGAAAAUCAGCUUGGUCAUUCGGAAAAUUACGGCAGUAAUAGUAUAACAAAAUUUUAGUUGUUUAGUUGUUUGUAUCAUAUUACCCAUACACGCCUUCGCCCAUUUAGAUUUUAGUUCUUCUAAAUUGUAAGCAAAUUAAUUGUAAAUUUCGACGUGCUAAAACUCUGGUUUCUGACCAUCAGAAUUCUGUCAAAACUUCCCCCAAAGUCCACGAAAUGGCAUUUCAGAGACUGUAAAUUUAAAAAUUUCCUCGGGCCUUUGGCCCUCGUCACCCCCUUAUCAAAAGGAACUUCCUACAGAACUGCACGCUUCUGUAAUAUGUCUGUGCGUAAAAUAUGAGUAUUUUUGUUUGUAAAUUGCGUUUUCAUUUUCCUGAUAGCAAACACCUUCGUGGCUUCGUAUGCCACGAAAUAUUCGGAAAUUUUUUCCGUCAUUCGGAAAUUUUUGGCCUUCAAUUUCCUAUGCAUGCUUAGCUACGGCCCUGCGUUUGAGAUAUCUUUCUCAGGCAGUUCAGAACCUAUAAAACCACGACAGUUUAUUGUAGAAUACUACCUACACUGAACCCCACGUUUGAGAUAUAUUUUCAGGUAUACUAGAUGUUCAGACACAAACCACGACAGCUUAUUGUAGAAUACUACCUACACUGAACCACCACGUUUGAGCCGAUAUAUUUUCCAGGUAGUUCAGACACAAAUCACGGCAGCUCCUUGUAGAAUACAUCUAUACUUUUCUCUUAUAGGUGUAGACGGUCUUGGGGGCGCUCACUUGAGAAAUGUAACAGAUUACUAUCCAACAUUCAGAUCGUUUUUUGAACAGGGUUCUUACACCACUCGCGCUAGGGGAAUUUUUCCAACUGUAAGUAUAAAUAUUGUUUCUCCGUUGCACCGGCUUUAAAUUACUUUAAAAGGUAGCUUGCAUGGGGGGGGGGGGGGGUUUGGUUGUCAUGUAUUUAUACUCAUCUUCGACAUUUCAUGAAUCCAAACCCCAACGAAGAGAAAAGGAUUCGGUAAACAACAUUUUGAGUGAGUAAAAGGUUGGGUAAAUGAGGAGCACUGUCAUUUCCAAAGCAUCACGGACCCACUCAAAUAUUGAAGACUUAAAAGCAAUGUCAACAGUCAUAUGUCAAAACAAUAUGUAACUGAUCAAUCAGGGUCACCAUAUCUUGAUCAUUUUUCGAUUUGUCAGGAGGCAAGUUAAAGUACAUGAUUGUGUAGACAACAUGAAACUUUAGACUGCAAAAAAUUGCACAAGCAGUUAUCAAACUCAUGUCACAGAGGUGGCAAAGAAUAUGUGUGAAAACUGAAUCGUAUACGUUUGUAAAGUUUUUUUGGGUUGGGUAAAAAACAUUUUGACAUUUUAAUGGUUGAAUCAGCAAAAUGUUUACCAAGAGGAACAGUUCUCUUCGAUAUUUUUCUUCUGCCAUAAAUAAUGACCGGUCCCUAACUUGCGACAUUUAUUUCUCUAGUCAAGUGGGCCAAACUGGUGUUCCUAUCUGACUGGAUUGGACAUUAUGGAACAUGGCGUGUUCGAUAAUACUUGGAAUCCUGCGAGCGGCAAUCCAGAUAAAGAGACAAGCUACAGUAUUCCACCAGUCACCGGACGUGGUCGACCCGAAACUAUUUUUUCGCAAGUAAAGAAGAAGGAUCCGAAUCUACAGGUUGAAGAUCAAAUUGAUGGCUAAUCCAUUAUUCAUUAAGACUCCGUGGACUGCUUGUUCCCAGCUUGUUGGGAAGUUGUCAACGGCCUUGUUGACAACUUGCUACAAAGUUGUUGAGCUCAACAGACUUGUUACAAGUUGUUCCAACAACUUGUUAUCGUCCUGCAAUUCAACAGGUUGUCAACAAGUUGUGAGUGACAACCUUGUAGCAACUUGAUAAAAUAACAGCAUUGUUACAACUUGUUGACAAGCUUGCUACAAUUAAACCUGUUAUGAACACAUCUUGUUGAUAAGAUGUGAGAUUUUUACUUGUGUAGUCUAUCUUAUUGACAAGUGAGAUUUUUACGUGUGUAGGCGCCUAUAACCACGGAAUUUCAACCAGAGCGUUUUUCUUUACCCAGACAGCAAUGAUGUUUACAUGGUCAUGGCUAAAAUAUUUCGCGGUCAACAACACAGACAUUGACGUGUGGCAUUGGGGAGGCGAAGGGGUCACAUGUGGUAGUGAUAUCGCAAAGUGUUAUCAUUUGAAAGAUACGAGCACGGUUUUGGCUGCCAAGGCAAAUCUUGUGCAAAAUAACCCAAUUUUAACGUUUAUACAUUUUGGUAAGGACCCAGUCAUUAUUUAUGGCGGGGGGAGGUGGGGAGGUGGGGGGGUGGGGGGGUCUUACCAAAGAGAAAAGUUUUUCUUUUGGUAAAAAGUUUUGCUAAUCCAACCAUUAAAAAGUCAAAAAAAUGUUUACCCGCAACCUCAAAUAUCAGUUAAAACAUAAUUAUUAAUUACCCACCACUGGCCAAAAACUUUACAAAAGGGUACCAUUCAGUUGUCACACAUGUCCUUUACCACUUCUGUGUGAUAUGAGUUUGAUAAUUGCUAUUUUCUGCAGACUAAAGUUUCAUGUUGUCUGCACAUGUACUUUCGGCUGCCUUCUGACAAAUCGGAAAAUGAUCAAAAUAGUGACUCUGAUUGAUUUACAUAUUGCAUUCACAUAUGACUGUUGACAUUGCUUUUUAGCCUUCAAUAUUUGAGUGAGUCAGACUUUGGAAAUGACAGUAGGUUUUUAUUACCCAACCCUUGAGUUGUUUUGUUUUUCAUUUGCCCAACCUUUUACUCACUCAAAAUUUUGUUUACCCAACACUUUUCACUUCGGUGCCACCCCCGUCAUAAAUAAUGACCGAUUAUUAUAUGGCUUUUCAAAAUUCUCUAUUCUGAUUGGUUAGCAAGCGGUCCGUAAAAACCCAUAUCCGGACCGUGGUCCGUAUUUUCCGUAUCUGGACCGGUGUCCCGAAUGUCGUUUAUUUUUAAUAAUUUUCCAAUUGUGUGUCGUUAAAAUUUACAGAUAAAAAUUUCAAACAACCAAAUUGUUUUUGAUUGAGCAUGCAUGCAUGCCGUAUAUUGUUACCCAGUGAAACUGACGAUAGCAGAUUUGAUUCGCGCGAAAAGCAUAUGCUCACAGACUCCGUUCAGCCAUAUAAUAAACCGAUUAUUGACCUCGCUUGUUCGGUCUGUACUGUGAAAUGUCGUUCGGUCCAUACUAAAAAACCUCGGUCUGAUAUUUCACAGUACAGACCUCACGCUCGCUCACAGACCUGAAAUUCUUCUCAGAAACGUUACAAAGGUUCCAACCUUUAUGAAAAAAAGUAAAAAAGAAAGCCUUCCUAAAUAAUUGACAAACUAUAUCAUGUUGUUUCACAACGCAUUUUAGUCGUUAGCGUCAUGCAACGGAUACAAGUGUUCCAAUCAAUGCCGAAAUUUGUCUAACCAUAUUGGGUACAAGUAAUUGAGUAUCCGUACAGCAAUAUGUUAACGAACAUUGCCGACCACAAAAAUUAACGCUCAAAAGUAAGCGCCUUAGCGCCCUUUUUAAAUGGCUGUGCUCGCCGUUUCACGUCCCAGCACCCAAGCCAGCUGUCACCUCUUGACUGUUUUCGUAAGCGUUUUGUGGAAGCAUUUCUUUUUCACAUGCUACUCAAAAGUGAUUUUCUCGUUUCAGAUAUGGUAGACCUGGCCGGUCACAACAAAUGCUGGGGUUGUCCGUUAUACUACCACGCUUUAAAGUCGGUAGAAAUGAAAAUUAAAUUGUUGAUUGAUGCGUUAAAUCAGACACAAGAUUCAUCUGGUAGGUUUGUAGCUAGACACGCAAAAAUCUCACAUUUGUAACAAGUUUGUCAACAAGUUGUCUUCGCACUGCUUGUCACAAGUUGUCAACAAGUUUGGAACAAGCUGUUAACAAUUUGUAACAACCUUGUUGAUAUUAUCAGCCUUGUUACAAGGUUGUUCCAACAAGUCCAAUACAGUCAUGAUAUAGCAGUAUUGUUACAACCUUGUGUCGUCAACCAUGUAACAUUCUUGUUAUAUCAUGACUGUAUCAGACUUGUUAGAACAACCUUGUAACAAGUCGGAUAAUGCCAUCAAGCUUGUUAUAAGUUGUUAACCGCUUGUUCCACCUUGUUACAACAACUGGGAACAAGCAGUGCGAACACAACUUGUCGACAGCUUGUGAACAGAUUUGUAACAAUUUGUUUGCAGACUUGUAACAACUUGUGCGUUUUUACGUGUGUAGAUCGAGGAUGCGGACGUCAAAGAGGACGUGAAAACGGCGUGUUGUGCCCAUGUAUGGAUUGCCACGCCAUUUUAAGAGACCUAAAAAACUUCAUUUGUACUAGCUAGGAUACCUCUUUCAGUUCUAAACUUUUUCCGAUUGAGGUCAAGCGGGUCUUCUCUUAUUGCUCCAAUUCCAGUAUACUGCUAAAGGAGGAACCUAAACUAACCGUUUAUUUACACCAUAGAUGGCUCUAUCAGUUCUAAACUGUUCUCCAUGAGAUCCAGUAUUCAGAUUCUAUAGUACUUAAAAUACUCAUUAAAAAUUUAUACACCUUGUGGCAAAUCAUGUCAGCCAUAAUAUGUCACGUGGAGUGAUUUUAUAUGUGAUAAAACUCAACUUCAUUAGUAUUCUUUAUAUAAUUCUUCAUCCUAAUUAGUAUGAUUAGGGACCGGUCAUUAUUUAAGGCGGGGGGUGGCACCGAAGAGAAAAGGGUUGGGUAAACAAACUUUUGAGUAAGUAAAAGGUUGGGUAAAUGAAAAACAAAACAACUCAAAGGUUGGGUAAUAAAAAAUUAUUGUCAUUUCCAAAGCAAGACUCACUUAAAUAUUGGAGACUAAAAAGCAAUGUCAACAGUCAUAUGUAAAUACAAUAUGUGAAUCAAUCAGAGUCACUCUCUUGUCUAUCUUGAUCAUUUUCCGAUUUGUUGGGAGACAAAUGGUGUCUCCAAAGAAAGUACAUGUGCAGACAACAUGAAACUUUAGACUGCAGAAAAUUUCACAAGCAGUUAUCAAACUCGUGUCACAGAAGUGGUAAAGGACAUGUGUGACAACUGAAUGGUAUCCUUUUGUAAAGGUUUUGGCCAGGGGUGGGUAUUUAUUUUCUAAUUGAUAUUUGAGGUUGGGUAAUCAAAUUUUUGACUUUCUAAUGGUUGGGUCAGCAAAAUUUUCGACACGAAAAAUAUUUCUCUUCGGUGCCACCCCCCACCAUAAAUAAUGACCGGUCCCUUAGGUACAGUAAAUUCUAAGUUUAAUUUUGAAGGAUUUGUAAGAAAUGGUUGAGGAAACUGACUUAGUGUUAAACAGUGAGUCAUUAAUUCCAUAGUGUGUUCCCUCAAACAUUUCUUACAAAUCCUUCAAAACUUAGAAUUUAUUUUACCGAUGCAAAAUUCCUACUGUGAUUAUACAGAAACUUUGAUAGUGUAAACCAGGCUUUGUGGACAGCGUGUUUUUUUAAUUCAGGUCAACCAAUGCUUGAUGGAACACUGAUCGUGAUUGUGUCAGAUCACGGUGGCUGGAGAAACACACACGGUUUUAAUAAACCGUUCAGUGCAUUAGUCGACAUCCCAAUACUCAUUCGCGGUGAGUAUAGCUAUUUCUGGCACCCCUCAUCCCAUGCAGGGCCGUAGGGGCGGGUGGGCAGCAGCCCGGGCAACAGCUGAAAAAAUUUAACUUACUAAUGUUAUUAUAAAUUAUAUUAAGAGGCAAUUUUUUCAGUGUCGCAAUGUUCAAAACCUAAAAUCGUUUUGACGUUCCCCUCAAAAUUACUUAGUUGUGGCUUUAUUUUGAAGUUUACACAGUUAGCGACCUUUUAAAUAUAUCUGGCGGUUAAGAAACACAAAGAGCAUGUUAAAAUGAGUAAAAUUGCAAAGUUUGGUUGCGAAUUGUUGUAAGAUGAGGAAAAUAUGGCCUGUGAAGUUCGCAAAUUUUGUAUAUAUUUGCAUAUCGCGCGGGAAAAAUAACCAUUUUUGAGCCGAAAGUGGUUCAGUUUUUACCGCGCGUAACACAAAUAUAUACACAAUUUGCGAACGAACUUCACGGGGCUAUAUUUUCUUCAUUUUACAACAUUUAGCAACCAACCUUUGCAGUUUUACUCAUUCUAAGACGCUCUUUCUAGCUGUGGUGUUGGAUUUCGUUCUUCUUGCCUUGAUCAAAAUUUAUAGUCUAUAUAGCUGAAAUCGCCCAUUUCUCGUCCAAAUUUAACCAAAAUUGAAUCGUGUAGGUCCAGAUGCGCUAAAGAACAACAGUUUGGAAAGUAAAUAUGUGUCGAAUCUCGAUGUGGCAGCGACUGUUCUCAAUGCAAUUGGCGUGGAGAAAAGCGAAUUUAUGAGGGGCCAAGUUUUGGAACAAAUUUAUCCGUGAACAUUAUCAGUACCCGUUUGCGGUCUGGGUAAAAGGUGUAAUUUAAAAUGACGCGUAAUUUAAAAUGGCGGUAUUAAAAAUUAUUCUAAUUUUCAUUAUUUACAAAAGACUAUAGGGUAUAAUCAUAAAAAACUAGCGUGUAUUGUUAGUUCGUAAUUGUUGAUAUUUUCAACAUAUUCCGUCCAUGUAAAUUUCUUGUCGACUCGAUUUAUAGUUCAAUGAAAUUUACUGAAAUAUAAGGAUAUUAAGUAGAUAUUCAAUGAAUAAAAAGAACUCUUAAAAUGUCUGUCUCAUGUCCACACAUAUAUGUUACACUUUGUAUGGCUUUUGUCUUCCUUUAUGCUUUUGUUUAUCUCGGAUGUGCGA